AGCCGCCGCUAGGUGGGGGGGGGAGCCCGGCCCCGGCCGCCCCGGCCGCACAACAAUGACUUUGGGCAGCAGCGGCGGCGGCGGCUGCGGGAUCAUGUCCGAGCGCUCCCCGGAGGAAGAGCCGCUCUCCGAGGUGGAGGACGCGGAUAUCGACGUGGUGGGCCCGCCCCAGGAUGGGGGCAAGUACAGCGAGGAGGAGGAGGACGACGAGGACGAGGAGGACGAGGAGGACGGCGGCGAUCCGCUGGGGCUGGCGCUGCCGCGGAGCGGGGCCGCCAAGGCGCGCAUGGGGGGGUCCCCGGAGCGGCUGUCCCCCGCCGGCGGCUCGGAGCCGGCCUGCGCCCGCGGCGCCGCGCCCGGGGAGAAGGCGCCCGCGGGCGGCGGCGGCGGCGGAGCCGGGGGGAAGAAUCCGCUGGUGAAGCCGCCCUACUCCUACAUCGCCCUCAUCACCAUGGCCAUCCUGCAGAGCCCCAAGAAGCGGCUGACGCUGAGCGAGAUCUGCGAGUUCAUCAGCGGGCGCUUCCCGUACUACCGGGAGAAGUUCCCCGCCUGGCAGAACAGCAUCCGCCACAACCUCUCCCUCAACGACUGCUUCGUCAAGAUCCCCCGGGAGCCCGGCAACCCGGGAAAGGGCAACUACUGGACGCUGGACCCCGAGUCCGCCGACAUGUUCGACAACGGGAGCUUCCUGCGCCGGAGGAAGCGCUUCAAGCGGCAGCAGCAGCUGCACCCGCCGCACCCCGAGCUGCUGCUGCGGGCAGGGGCCGCCGACCCCGCCGCCUUCCUGCCCGGCUUCGCCUACGGACCCUACGGCUACAACUACGGCCUGCAGCUCCAGGUACCCCCCCCACCACCACCACCAUCCCGGUGGCGGAGGCGGCGGGCCGCGGGCGCCUUCCCCUUCCCGGCGCCGCACUGCCCGUUACCGGCUCCGCCGCCUCCCGCCGCCGCCUCCGUCUUCUCCGCCGCCUCGGGGCUGCCCUCCUUCCUGGGCGGCGAGCUGAACUGCAGGAAGUCCUUCUACCACCCCCAGCUGAGCCCCACCGCCCUGCCCGCCGCCCUCCUCCAGACCCUCAAGCCGGACCCCUCGCCCGCCGGGGGCGGCGGCGGCGGCAGCGGCGGCACCAACCACCCCUCCCGGCCCUCUUUUUCCAUAGACAACAUCAUCGGGGGGGCCGUGCCCCCGCCGCCCAGCACCAACCCCAGCGUCGCGCCCGCCGCGCCCUACCCCGCCGGCCAGGCGGGCCCCCCGGCGCAGGUCCUGGCCGUGCUCAGCCCCGCCUUGGCCCCGGCACAGCCCCAGGUCAGCCUGGCACACGAGCCGCUCCUCCAGCCGGCCCAGAACUUUUCCAGUAAAAUCACAACCCUCAGCAGCUGUCAUUUUUAAAGUGUGCUGUGGACUGGGGAAGGGGAGGGGGAUGGGGGGGAGAGUCGCGAAGCAAACGGCCCCUUUCCAGCUCUCCUCCACUCCUCCGAAACUGCUCCCCUUCCCUCUCCCCGUGUCCCUCCCCCCCCCAUCUCCUCCUGUUGUGUUUUAAGGUAGGAAAUAUUUCCUUUUUUUUUUUUUUUUUUUUUAAUUUUUACUUCAUUUCCAGGCUCAGUGGCAUCCAGAUCUGUUUGUCUCUCUCUCUGAUCGGGGAAAAAAAAAAAAGAUAUCAAUACAUAGGGAGGGCGGGAGGAGGGAAAGAAUAACACGAUUUGGUCCUACAAGCGCCAAAGCGUAUUUAUAAAGUGGCCGUAACAUAAGCUGGGACCUGGGCUGGUUGAACACGCAACGUCUUGGGAGGGGAGAAGGGGGACAUGUGAAGAACGAAGCGGUCUUAGGGUGGGAAAUGUUUCCUUUGAGAGGUGCGGGUUUUCCGCAGGGCUCCCCCAGAUCGCCUGGGAAAGCGGCCAGGGGAGUUGCGGACGCCCCCGGUCGCAGCGAGCCCGUUUUCGUUCCUGCAAGUCUCUCUGCCGGGUGGUUUUGCCAUGUGUGUGUCCUUCCCCCGCUCUCAAAGAAAAUGUUUUAAUGGUCCGAUCUCAUUUUUAGUUUCUUUGAAGCUUCGGGUUUGGUUUUAAAAGGCACUGUUUAAGGUUUCUUUGUUUUUUAAGAAGAAGAAAAGUCUAUGAAACUCAGGACUGCGGUUUGUUUUUUUCUUUUUUUUUCUUUUUUUUUUUUUUUCCCAAUUAGAUAUUCAAAUGCACGUUUAAAAGAAAAUCGGAUCAGUCAGGAAGUUUGGAGAAUUCCCAUACUAUUUUUUUUUAAUCCUUGUUUUCCCACCCCCUCCGUGCGUGGGUUUUUUGGUGUAUUGGUAAUUAUUUGUAUAUAGAUUAUUCGGGAGCUAAUGAGCGGAGUCCAGUUAACUCUUCACUGGUUGUGCAUCCGUCAUAUCUAUUUUAUUGAGAGAAUCUGUGAAUAAUUUGAUGUGGAAAAGGCAACAGAAUUUUGUCCACCGUCGGUGUAAAUUAAUAAA